AUGGCUCCCAGAUUGACCGGUGCGGCAGUUGCCGAACACAACUCCAAAGACUCGUGUUGGGUGAUUGUUCACGGAAAGGCCUACGACGUCACUGAGUUUUUGCCAGAACACCCCGGAGGCUCCAAGAUUAUCUUAAAGUAUGCUGGCAAAGAUGCCACUGAGGAGUUUGAUCCGAUUCACCCUCCCGACACCCUCGACAAGUAUCUCGACAAGUCCAAACAUCUGGGAGAUGUUGACAUGAGUACCGUCGAGCAAGAGGAGAAGGAAGUCGACCCAGAAGAGGCGGAACGACUCGAGCGUAUCAAGCGAAUGCCUCCUCUUGCGGCCUGCUACAACUUGAUGGACUUUGAGACUGUCGCGCGGCAGAUCAUGAAGAAGACCGGGUGGGCAUAUUACUCCAGCGGAGCAGAUGAUGAAAUUACUCUACGUGAAAAUCACCACGCUUUCCACAAGAUCUGGUUUCGGCCUCGCGUCCUCGUCGAUGUCGAGAACAUCGACAUGAGCACCACCAUGCUCGGCACACCCGUUUCCAUUCCAUUCUACGUGACGGCUACUGCCCUUGGCAAGCUAGGUCACCCCGAAGGCGAAGUCGUGCUCACCAAAGCCGCACACAAGCACAACGUUAUCCAGAUGAUCCCCACACUUGCAUCAUGUUCAUUUGACGAGAUUGUGGAUGCGAAACAAGGCGACCAGGUCCAAUGGCUCCAGCUCUACGUGAACAAGGAUCGCGAAAUCACCCGAAAGAUCGUCGCCCACGCCGAGAAGCGCGGGUGCAAGGGUCUAUUCAUCACGGUGGAUGCGCCACAGCUCGGUCGACGUGAGAAAGACAUGCGAUCGAAAUUCAGUGACGCGGGAUCAAAUGUCCAGUCAGGUGACGACGGGAUCGACCGUUCACAAGGUGCAGCGCGCGCAAUUUCCUCCUUUAUCGACCCAGCCCUGUCAUGGAAGGAUAUCCCCUGGUUCAAGAGCAUCACGAAAAUGCCCAUCAUACUAAAGGGUGUUCAAUGUGUCGAGGAUGUUCUUCGCGCCGUGGAAGCCGGCGUUGACGGUGUCGUCCUCUCCAACCACGGCGGCCGCCAGCUGGAAACAGCUCGCUCCGGCAUCGAGGUCCUCGCCGAAGUCAUGCCUGCGCUCCGAGAGCGCGGAUGGGAUAAGCGUAUUGAAGUAUACGUCGACGGUGGCGUGCGCCGAGCUACGGACAUUCUCAAAGCUCUAUGCCUGGGCGCUAAGGGUGUUGGUAUUGGUCGACCCUUCCUAUACGCCAUGUCGGCGUACGGUGUCGACGGCGUGAACCGCGCGAUGCAACUCCUCAAAGACGAAAUGGAGAUGAACAUGCGUCUGAUCGGAGCGACCCGCGUCGAGGACCUGAACCCCAGCUUCUUGGAUACGCGGGGACUGCUGAGUGGUCAUGCUGGUACCAUCCCCUCAGACACGCUUGGUCUACGGGCGUAUGAUCCCCUGCAAGGGCCAAGAUUCAACGAAAAGGCGAAAUUGUAG